AUGUGGACCCUCGUACUGCAGGGGUCUUCCCAUCCACCCAGCCCCGUUAUGUGGACCCUCGUACUGCAGGGGUCUUCCCAUCCACCCAGCCCGUUAUGUGGACCCUCGUACUGCAGGGGUCUUCCCAUCCACCCAGCCCCGUUAUGUGGACCCUCGUACUGCAGGGGUCUUCCCAUCCACCCAGCCCCGUUAUGUGGACCCCUCGUACUGCAGGGGUCUUCCCAUCCACCCAGCCCUGUUAUGUGGGACCCUCGUACUGCAGGGGUCUUCCCAUCCAUCCACCAGCCCCGUUAUGUGGACCCUCGUACUGCAGGGGUCUUCCCAUCCACCCAGCCCCGUUAUGUGGACCCUCGUACUGCAGGGGUCUUCCCAUCCACCCAGCCCCGUUAUGUGGACCCUCGUACUGCAGGGGUCUUCCCAUCCACCCAGCCCCGUUAUGUGGACCCUCGUACUGCAGGGGUCUUCCCAUCCACCCAGCCCCGUUAUGUGGACCCCUCGUACUGCAGGGGUCUUCCCAUCCACCCAGCCCCGUUAUGUGGACCCCUCGUACUGCAGGGGUCUUCCCAUCCACCCAGCCCCGUUAUGUGGACCCCUCGUACUGCAGGGGUCUUCCCAUCCACCCAGCCCCGUUAUGUGGACCCUCGUAGAGCAGGGGUCUUCCCAUCCACCCAGCCCUUUGUAUGGAGUUAA